AUGUACCCGCCAUCCUUCCUCUCCUGUCCCAAAGAAACACCCCCGUCAGGCAUCACUCUCGUCCCAAUGACAACCCCGUUCACCGCAUGUCCAUCUCAAAAACAUCCGGUGAAUGGGGCUCACAAAACCCGCCAUCCAUCCCCGCGCGUCCUGUCAUCCCAGCUCUAUUCACAAACGCAUCCAUCCCCGCAUAUCCCGCCAACCUGUCUCCUUUCACCAUCCAUCCCCGCAUACCCCGCCAACCUGUCUCCUUUCACCACGGCAUAUCCCGCCAACCUGUCUCCUUUCACGCGCUCAAGCGCCGUCAAGCGCCGUGUCGCACAACACACGCCUGCGUUAGACCCGCGCUGAUUAGAUUCCCCAUCACCCUCCCGUAUGCCCCGUGUUACACACCACCCGCCAAGGCACCAGAACAUGCACGCCAUCAAAAGCAGCCGUGCGGGCCAUCACUCGGCAAUUCACUGCUAAGGAGGUUGUUUUCAGCCACCCGAUCAGAUAGUCUUAGGUAUUCUCAUAUCCCUUGGCUUGUACGCCCACGUUGGGGGAUGGGUGGACUGGAAAGGUCUGGAGAGGAGGACGUUUGGGUCUUGGUAUGGUGGUGUGAGGGUUGGGGAUGUUGGGG